AUGAUAACCAUAAAUGGACAUUUGACAAACAUUCAUUUCUUUACAUCCUACUUAUGUUACGGUGGUCUUGGUCUUGAUUUUAGUUAUUCGAUAGCGAUAGCCGAAGAACUUGGCCGAAUCAAUUGUGCAGCUAUUCCGAUGGCUAUAGCUGUUCAGUCAGAUAUGGCUACACCAGCAUUAUCAAUAUAUGGAAGUGAUUAUUUGAAACGUGAAUUUCUUCAUGCUACAUUACAAGGUGAUCUUGUGGCAUGUUUGGGUGUAUCAGAAGCUUGUGCUGGAAGUGAUGUUGCUGCAAUCCAAACUAACGCCCGUUGGCAUGGAAAUGAUUUGAUUAUUGAUGGUAGUAAGCAAUGGAUUACGAAUGGUACACAAGCAGAUUGGAUUUGUUUGUUAGCUAAUACAAAUGCUAAUCUAUCACCACAUCAAAAUAAGAGCCUUAUAUGUGUACCACUUAAUGAGCCAGGUGUACAUCGUUCGAAUCGUAUUGAAAAGCUUGGCAUGCAUAGUUCCGAUACUGCUGAGAUUUAUUUUGAUAAUGUUCGUGUACCAAGUCGAAAUAUAAUUGGUGAAGAAGGGCAUGGCUUUGUCUAUCAGAUGUUGCAAUUUCAGGAUGAACGACUUGUCGCUAUUGCUGUGCUGCUUGAACCGAUGCAAAAAAUUAUUGAUAUGACAAUUGCAUACACGCGACAGAGACGUGUCUUCAACAGAAGCAUCCUGGACAAUCAGGUAUGCAUUUGCAAUUCUUCUUCUGUCUUUCCAAAUUUAUAG